GUGAGCUCUCCGUGGUGCUGAAAGAAGAAAAACACAUUCAGGCUCCCGUUAGAGUGCAGCCUGGGAAUCGGAGGCUCACAAGACAUGAACUGAGAUAUGAAAAGACUAAGUGAAGAAACAGGCUGGGGUUUGAGUAUUCAUUAGGAUGAGUUAGGAAGCACUCAGUGACAGAAAAUCGCAUUCAGGAUAAGGAAAGAGGAAGAGAGAGAGAGGAUGACGCUGUAGUGGAAGGAGGCUACAGUAGGCAGUGGGCGUGUUUUUCUUGUGGUGAUCUGCAGUUGGGAAGCCCGGUGUCAUCUGAUAAAGCUCAACCUGACUAUACCAACCUGUGUGACUGAGCAGGACAGAGGAAGCUGGCUGGGUAUGCCAUCCCUGGAAAUACACACCACUCUGCUUCAGGGCAUUGCAAGUGAGGAUCCCUUUCACUUGUGAGACAAUCUGUACAUUUGGACAUAUGACAGCAGGAGAAAAGACAGUCUGUAGGGGACACAUUAGAGAGCCUGUGAGUGUUUGGACUACAACUGCGGGAGCAGUUUAAUGUGAGGGGGUGUUAGUGUGUUUUUGUGUCGUGCUUGCAGUGGCAGUGGCAGGUGUGGGCUGUUGCUAUGCUGCAUCUUUCUGCCAUCUCUAGAAUGUGCAGAUGUGUGGAACAGUGAAGCUGGCACCUGGCUUGGACUUUGACCACAUCUGGACUGGAGGGGCUGCAGCUCCCGUUUCUGGCCAAGGGAGGAGGCAAUGGGCUGCACACCCAAUGGACCGAGCACCCAUCUAGCACCAGAAUAACACUGGGUCACAGGGACUCCUUUUAGCAAGCCAAUCAGUUGGACCAUACAAUGGAUGGAAGUCUAUGUGGAUUUAAGUGGAAUUGUGCACUGGUGCUCCAGCAUAGUUCAGAGUUCUCUAGCGUGCACUGGACUCAUCACUGGGACACAGAAUACACAUUGGUUGACAAACCUGCAGGGACACAGCCCCAUUAAUGCUGUGGAACCACUUGAAGAAUGAUGAGCUCCAAAGAGGAGGAACCUCUCCGGUUUUUCAAGUAUGUUGAGGAAAAUGGGCUGAGAGCCUACAAUGGCCUGGUAGCUCAGAACCUGGACCACGCCAGGAAUGAGAGAAAUAGGGCAUUCCUGCAGGAGAAAAACGACAAGAAGAGAAAACAGGAGGAAGCCAUAAGGAGGACGGGUGAAGACAUCGCAGCUGAAGGCAAGCACUUGCGUAUAGGCUCUAUUACCAUGCCUGACCCCCAGGAACGCAUGCCCAUGCCACACCCGCAUGCCCUUGCCUGUGGGCAGGGCUUUUCCAUACGCUCCCAGUCCCUCCACUCUGUCGGUGGGGGGAACACUGGGGGUGGUGGUGGUGGUGGUGUAGUAGAGGAAGAAGUGGGAAGCCCAACCUCUAGGAAGCAGCCUCCACCCAAGCCCAGGAGGGACCCGGCCACCAAGCUGAGCAUGUCGUCUGAGGCGGUGGACCACAGUCCCGUGUCCACUUGCCGUGGGGAGAGAUGUGACGCAGCUCAAGGAUGCAGUGAGGACUGUAGGAGGGUGCCACCACCCAAACCCAAGAGGAACCCCAACACACAGCUGAGCAUCUCCUUCGACGAGUCCUUCAUCAAGAGUCACAGGAGCAGUGGGGUCUGCCCCUCCAAACCUCUCCACUACGUCACCUCCCCAUGCGAACGCAACCCCUCACCCCCGCAGAGUGAUGAGAGUCCCAAUGACGACUGUGAAGAUGAACCCGUCUAUAUAGAGAUGGGUGGGAUUGAUGUUGGCACACGAGAACCCCCUAAGAGUGAAGACGAGGAGCCAGGAGAGUCGGUGUACGAGGAGAUGAAGUACCCAGCUCUGGACGAUAUGGAGUACAGGACCGAUCCUGUCGGAUGCCGCUCUGCAUGCCCCACCCCAGCGCCCUAUGACCCUGAACCGCUCAGCCGCUGCUCCACACCUCGAAACAUUCCCCUCUGUGACAUUCCUGCACCUUUCCCCAAUUUACUCACUCACCGGCCUCCCCUGUUGGUGUUCCCACCAGCACCAGCACAGUGUUCACCCAACUCAGACGAGUCUCCCCUCACCCCUCUAGAUGUAACCAAAUUGCCCGUGAUGGAGAACCAAUCCUACAGUAAAUCCCCGACAUCCUCCACUGAGCCAGCCUCCUCUGCACACAUCCGCAGGGAGCUCACUGCCACACCGACCCUCACCAUCUCCGGACGCUCCUCUGCACCUCCACUACCCUGUACCCUAUACAAAUCAAACUCCUCAUCCUCCUAUCAGCGCAGCCACUCCGCUUGUCCAUCACCUGUCAGCAUGGGUCGUUGUCUCACCCCUCUGAGCCUCAUGCGUACACCUCCCUUUGACGCUUCAAUGCCAUUCCCUGGGGGACUGCCGCGCAGCGCCUCUGCCACUCCUCAUGGCAAAGGCUCGCCACCUCAAGACGGCGGGGGUCGACUCCAUGGUUCUAUGCAGAACGUGUCGACGGGGCGUUCACGGACGCCCACCAGCCCGCUGGACGAACUAACCAACCUGUUCACCACAGGCAGGAACAUGCUGAAGAAAAACACAAGUGGCCGAAAGUCUAAAGAACCUGGAGAAACGGAGUCCAAAAGCAAGUCUCACAGCGAGUCCAAGCGCGAAGGCAAAGAACGUCACAGUCACAGCAAGGAGUCCAAGCGGGACUCCAAAGAGCGCCACAGCAAAGAGUCCAACAAUGUUGAGCAACUGCCCCACAGACGCAACAGUAAAGACCGCACUUGUAGUGUGGAAACACCACCUGUUCGCAGGGAUAGCAGGGACAAAGGCUGCAGCAGUGUAGAGCCCAUCCCUAUGAGACGGGGGUCCAAAGACAGGAGCUUCAGCUCCUUGGAAACCAUCUCUUUGAUAAGAAGAGACUCCAAGGACAGGGGCAUCAGCAACGGUGACUUGAUGCCAAGGAGGGACAGCAAAGAUCGGAGCGAGGGACACGGCGUGGAGUCUUUGCUGAGACAGGACAGUAAAACAAGAGAGAGACUGCUCGAUCAGCCACCUGAGCUGUUACCCAGACAAGACAGCAAGGAAAGAGCAAGAAACGGUGUCGACUCUAGACAUGAAGCCAGAGAAAGGCUGCUAGAUCAGCCGCCUGAGCUCUUACCCGUACUGGACAGCAAAGAGAGAGCAAGGAAUGGUGUGGACUCAAAGCAUGAAAGCAGAGAUAGACCACCUGAGUUUUUCCCCCGACAGGAGAGCAAAGACAGAGUUAGAGCUGGAGCAGAAUACAGGCAUGAUAUCAAAGACCAUCGUCCCGAUUUGUUACCGGGACCUGACAGCAAAGAGAGAGUAAGGAACAACAUGGAGCACAGACACGAAGGUAGAAUAGACCAGCCACCAGAGAUCCUGCCCCGACAAGAAGCUUCCAGAAGCACAAACGGCAAAGACAGAGCUGUCUUCAGCUGUGAGUCCAAGAACGAGGAGAGAGAGCGGAGCAGCCACAAUGGAGCAGAUAUUCCGCCUCCUCCUCUACCCAAGCAGGACAGUAAAAAUGUGCGUAAAACUGGCCUUGAGGUGAGAAGGGACAGCAAAGACAGGAGUCUGAAUGGCUCAGCUGCAAUGGAGUACAGGUGUGAUGGCAAAGAGAGAGGCUAUCGAUCAGAGGGCACGCCUCGACGAGAAAGCAAAACAAAUUACAGCAUGGAACAAUCAAAAGCACAAGAGAGAAAUGGCAGCACAAUGUCAGGGCAGCAUUCAUCCACAACAACACCUACUCACCAUGGGAGGUCAUCUGGUAGCCCACCAAUGACUAUGGGAACAGGAAAUGAUCUGAAAGCAGCACCUAAAUACGGCCGCUCAACUUCUGUCCCUGCCAACCCCUCACCAAUGGGAACUCCACAGAGGAGAGUAUCAGAGACACAUCAAAGUCAGAUGCCCCAGAUGCCGUGGAUAUGUGGGGAUACGACUAUGCUAGAACAGAUUGAGAGGAAGCGCACCCUGUGUACGGAGAUCCGUUCCAGACAGCACCCACAGCUGCAGAGGUUUCUGGAGAGGCCUCCUCUUCCAGACAGACACGAGGACAGGCACCAAGAGCGGAAUCAGUGCAAGCAAGACAAUGCAUCUGUCCUCCCAGCCUGCGGGAAAAGCAGCGGGGCCAAAAAGAUCCGUCCUCCCCCCUACCCCACACAGAAAACUGUAUUUUGGGACACAGCCAUCUGACAGUCACAACACACUUGCACCUCCCAGCCACACAACCCCUAAUUACCCACUCCCUCUCCCCUCUGGAUCAGGCUGAUUCCUUCCUCCAACAUCAGGGCAAUCAGGACAGCCAAUAAGAGCACCAGGGGGAUGGCACUUGCUGAUGAUGUCAAAGGACAAUGGUGGUUACCAUAGCAAUAUUUCUGCUCGUUCAGGUCGUCAUGUUUUCUUAUCAUCAUUGGUGAUAUUUGAUAUUUUUCUAUUUCCUGUGACUGGAUUCUUGUAAUAUAUCUAGUAGAAUAGAUAUUUGAUGAAUAGAUAUUUUUUAAAUGAGAUGGGGAUUAAAAGCAUCUUAAAUUAUGAAUAGUAGAUGUAGAUGCAAUCUAAUGUUUUUUUUAAUUAUUAUUAUUGUUAUUAUUAUUAUUAUCAGUUAUUUAUUUAUUUUGGUUUUGCUUAUUUUACAUUUUCAAAGCAUAAUCUAUAAAUACUUGUACCGGAGUAGCAUAAUUUUCUUAUGCCCAAUUCUUUUUGUGCUCAACAGCACCUAAGUGAAUGGACUUAUUCAAUUCUGUCUCUAUAUUACUUUACAUUUUUACUGUCGUAUAGUAAGUUGAGGAGUUCAACGUCAACGUGCUUUAGAUUCCAGUAUGUUGUAGAAUGUACAACAGUUGGUCCGGACACAGAGACGGGGAAACUCUGUAGUUUGUGUAUUACAGUAAGAAGCUGUGUCGUCACUACGUCAAAGCCUUUUGAAGCAGUCAAAUCGUUGUAGGUGACAAAGAAAGUGUGAAAUGUCUCCGUCGUAUGAGAUACACUAUGAGGGUGGGAUGGGGAGGGAGUAAAUUAUGAGCAUACAUUUUAAACAAUAUAAUUUCCAAAAACCAGCCAAAGCCUGUCAAAGCAAGUUAUGGGUGUGGUUGCGCUUACGGCGUUUGGUUAUUUAAAAUGGGGUGGUGGCAAUAGCUGGCAAGUACCAGUGCCCUUACUUUGCCAUGAACACUGCGAGCACCAUGACACAGCAGUGUGAAUGCUCUGUGCCAAUGACCAGCCCGUACAAUCAAACACCUGAUCUUUUAGAGCGUUUCUUAAUUUUACCGCAGAUUAUAAUAGCCAUAUGCACUUGCGUAAGAAAUAACUGUCAAGAUUAUGCUUAUAUAUAUAUUUUUUGAAAAUGUCAGGAGUAGCGAGCUGUGUCAUGGACGUUCUAAGUGAUUGGCUGGGAAAUAAAGGCUCAGGAGACUGGCUGUGUGUGUGUGUGUCGCACACUGUCAUCUGUGAUUGGUUGUCUCUGACAAUAUUUUCCACUGAAUUGGCGGGCAACCAUUUUAGAGAUCAAAUUGCAUAAGGACCUAUCCCAUGGCAACAGCUCUUCCCAGUCAAAAGGACCGGGGUUGCACAAAGGCCUACGAGUGAUUGAGGCUUUGUUUGAAAAGAAGAACUGCACUACCCAUCAUCUUCCAUUACAUUUAAUUAGGCUGGAAACAUACAUGUCCUUCUCCCCCAGCGCUCUCCCUC